GCGGCCGAGGCCGGGAUGGCGGCGGGCCGGCGCCGGGGGCCGCCGCUGCUGCUGCCGCUGCUGCCGCCGCUGCUGCUGGCGCUGCAGCUGGCGCGGCCCGCGGGGGCGCUGGUGGAGGGGCUCUACUGCGGCACGCGGGACUGCUACGAGGUGCUGGGCGUGAGCCGCGCGGCCGACAAGGCGGAGAUCGCGCGGGCCUACCGCCAGCUGGCCCGGCGCUACCACCCGGACCGCUACCGGGCCGAGCCCGGCGACGCGGGCCCCGGGGGGACGCUGCGGAGCGCCGAGGAGGCGUUCCUGCUGGUGGCCACCGCCUACGAGACGCUCAAGGAUGAAGACACACGGCGGGACUAUGACUACAUGCUGGACCACCCUGAAGAGUACUUCCGGCACUACUACCACUACUACAGCUGGCGCUUGGCCCCCAAGGUGGACGUUAGCGUGGUCAUCCUGAUCAGCGUGUGUGCUAUCUCUUUGUUUCAGUUUUUCAGCUGGUGGAAUAGCUAUGAUAAGGCAAUCAGCUACCUAGCCACGGUGCCCAAGUAUCGCAUCCAAGCCACGGAGAUUGCCAAGCAGCAGGGAUUGCUGAAAAAAGCCAAAGAGAAAGGCAGAAACAAAAAGUCCAAAGAGGAGAUUCGUGGUGAGGAGGAGAGCAUCAUAAAGAACAUUAUAAAAAGCAAAAUAGAUAUCAAAGGGGGCUAUCAGAAGCCCCAGAUUCGUGACCUUCUGCUGUUUCAAAUUCUCUUCGCUCCCUUUCACGUGUGCUCAUACAUCGUUUGGUAUUGCCGGUGGAUCUAUAACUUUAACAUCAAAGGCAAAGAAUAUGGCGAGGAAGAAAGACUCUAUAUCAUACGUAAGUCUAUGAAGAUGUCAAAAUCUCAGUUUGAUAGUCUAGAGGAUCACCAGAAAGAAACUUUCCUUAAACGGGAGCUCUGGAUAAAGGAGAAUUAUGAGAUCUACAAACAAGAACAAGAAGAAGAACUGAAGAAAAAAUUAGCAAAUGAUCCUCGCUGGAAGAGAUACCGGCGGUGGAUGAAGAAUGAAGGGCCGGGCCGGCUGACUUUCGUGGACGACUGAAGGGCUGGGGAGUGCUCUGGGGCCAGGCCUGCCUGGGAAUUCCUCUCAUAACUAAAUUCUCUCAGCAGGAAUUAAAAUUUCUCAAGUCUUUGGAGAAAAUAAUCAUGUAGAAUUGUAAACUUUCCCUUAAAACUUUCUAAGGCAUUUAUGAUUGUCCCAAUUUUUAUAACCAAUUUGUGGAUCUUGUUAAAAGAUUUGACAUGAAGAUUUUUCAGUUGCCUUUUAAAAAUUUUAUAUGUUUAUUUUAAAGAUUUGACAAGAAAAUCGAUUAGAUACCAUUUGAAAUUUCUACGUGUUAAGUCUUUAUUCUUCCGAAAUGUUUCCUUAUUCUUUGUUAUAGUACUACAUUUUCCUGCUUUCAUGGCCUCAAAUAUUUUCACAAAGCAUAAUUAUAAUAGUAUUUAAUGACCUGAUUGCCAGUGUCUUCCUAGACACAAACUUCUUUGCCCAAAAUGAUUUCGACUAUCAAGCCAUCUUCAUUACAGUCAUUUUAGGAUUGAAAUAUCUUCAAAAUCUCUCUCUGGGAGAGUCUUCUGCUAGACUAUCUUUAUACUCUUCCCCCCCUCAGUCAUGAAAUUCUUAGUAAGAUCAGAAACUCUCCAGGAGAGUGAAUCUGCUUCAUGUCCUUGUAGGAUGAGCCCGAUUGCAGUCAUUAUAGGACUAUAAUUGUAUCAUCAAAUAUUUCUCCAGAAGAGACGUUGUGAAAAACCCUUUUGUACCAUAACAGUGCUUCUCCUGUAUCCCUCCCCCCCACCCCCCACUUAAGUACAAAUUAAAAAAGAAAUGUAAGAGCAGAAAUCGCGUCCUGAGCAGUCGUUCAUACAUGAUGGACUCCUUGAGCAUGAGAUUCAUUGUACGUUGAGUGCAUUGGACCCCGAAAGACGUGCAUGGUGGGCGCGCUGUUCCUUCAGACAAUGGAACACAAAUAUGUUCUCUGUAUGGAAGCGAAAGUAAUUCGCACAUGGUUUUUCUGAAGCCAGUGUGAUACUGUACCAGUGUCAAUACACAUUCAUGACAGCAAAUUAAUAUUCCUCUUAAAGGCUUGGUCCCAUUGCAUCGUAGUGAUAAAGUGGUUGUAAUGUCUCACAGCUGUGUUGGUAUGACAGUUUAAAUCAAAGAUCCUUAAAAGAUUACUGCUGCUGUAUCACAAUUUUAUUUUUAAAAAUAAAAAUCUUAUUUUUAUUAUUUAACAUUUAA